AUGGAAGCUAAAGAUAUUUCAGAUGAUGUACGUAGCAAAAGGGCUUUAAAGGCACUUGCUUUACGAUAUCAAGAAUUACCUAAAAACAUUAUAACAUGUUUGAAAGAUAACGAAUGGUGGCAAAUAGUUAAAGAACUUGAAUCUCAUUUGCUUCUAUUUAUGGCAAUACUUAAUCAUUUACAAUGUGAUGUUGCACGAUUACCAGAUGUUCUUCAUGCAUUUGCUUAUUUUAUGCAAUUAUAUAAAAACUGUGAAGAUAAUUUUAGCAAAAAUAUGGUUCAAUGUUUAGAGUCUCGAUGGAAACAAUGGGAACAACCAUUACUUAUUCUAUCAUUCUUUCUUCAUCCUAAAUAUCAUAAUAACAUCUUUAAUAGCAAUGCUCCUUCACUAAAUUUACCUCAAAUCAGUUUAUGGGCACAAUACUAUUAUAAAGAAUGGUUUAAAACACGACCAUCUGUUAUUUUAGCAGAACUCUCAAAAUUUGUCAAUAAAGAAUAUCCAUUUGAUGAUGAUACUGCUUUAAACUUUGAUGAUAUUCAAGAAUAUUGGAAAUUUACGAUAGGAGCAACAAAGGAAUUAAGCAUUCUUGCAAUUACAGCACAAAUGCAUGCUGAAAUAACUUAUAAUCGUGCAGUUAAAAUAGCACGUGAGUUAGAAGAACAUAUAUGUGCAAGCACUAUUACAUACAAUAUUGAAAAUCAUGAAUUUCAUUCAAAACAUAUUCCUAAAAGUGUUGAAACUGAAGUAGAAGUAAUAAUUAAUGAAGAUGAAGAAACAAUGGUAGAUUAUAAUGAGGAUAAUAAAGAUAGUUUAAGCACAAAUGCUAAUGUAGAUGAUGAAUGA